UCUGUGAUCUACACAUCAGUGCUAAACACCAGCAGAGAAUCCUAUUUUGUUCAUUCUGUGUAGAUGGAACAGGCGUCAGUCUUGAGAGUCCAUCCUGAUUUAAAGCUGCUUACUUGGUUUUCUGGGAUUAAAGGUGCUCAAUGAAUCAGGGCCCCCCAAAUGAGUCAAACAGCCAAUUCUUGCCAACAGUUGGUUGAAAACUGUGCCACGCAUGUAGCAGGGAUGGCACAAGAGGACAGUCGCCGUGGUCAAGUGCCACCCACGUUUUAUCAUGGUGCCAGCCAGGAACUUGAUCUGUCCACCAAAGUGUACAAGAGAGAGUCAGGAAGUCCUUACUCUGUGUUGGUGGACAGCAAAAUGAGUAAACCACAUCUCCAUGAAAGAGAGGAGCAGCCAUAUUUCAGGGAGAACAGAUCGGUAGGAGAGGUCCGGGCUGUGAAAGAAGAUAGAGAAAACUCUGACGACUCUGAGGAGGAAGAAGAGGAGGAAGAUGAAGUGACUUACAAAAGGGAGCAGAUUAUAGUAGAGGUAAACCUUAACAACCAAACAUUAAAUGUAUCAAAAGGGGAGAAGGGUGUCCCCUCCCAGUCCAAAGAGACUGCUGUUCUUAAGACCAGCAGUGAGGAAGAGGAGGAGGAGGGUGACAGUGGGGAAGAGGCCACUGAAGACAGUAAUGAUUAUGAGGAAAAUGAGAGGCAGAAGAAAAAAGAGAAAAGAGUGGAAAAAGUUAGUGUUGCACAAAGGAGAACAAGGAGAGCUGCAUCUGCUGCAGCAGCCACAACUUCCCCAUCACCCAGAACUACAAGGGGUGUGGAGCCCCCCAAGCGUAAGAAGAAAGCUGCAAAGGAGCCCAAGGCACCUGUGCAGAAAUCAAAGUGUGAAGAGAAGGAGACUUUAACCUGUGAGAAGUGCCCCAGGGUGUUUAACACACGCUGGUACCUGGAGAAGCACAUGAACGUCACUCACAGGCGCAUGCAGAUCUGCGACAAAUGUGGGAAGAAAUUUGUUCUAGAAAGUGAGCUGUCCCUUCACCAGCAAACAGACUGUGAAAAAAAUAUCCAGUGCGUUUCCUGUAAUAAAUCAUUCAAGAAGCUCUGGUCCCUCCAUGAACAUAUCAAGAUUGUCCAUGGAUAUGCAGAAAAGAAAUUCUCUUGUGAGAUUUGCGAAAAAAAGUUCUACACCAUGGCCCACGUGCGGAAACAUAUGGUUGCACACACAAAGGACAUGCCAUUUACAUGUGAAACCUGUGGAAAAUCGUUCAAACGCAGUAUGUCUCUCAAAGUACAUUCCCUACAGCACUCUGGAGAGAAACCUUUCAGAUGUGAGAACUGUGAUGAGAGGUUUCAGUACAAGUACCAGCUGCGUUCCCACAUGAGCAUCCACAUCGGGCACAAACAGUUCAUGUGCCAGUGGUGUGGCAAAGACUUCAACAUGAAACAGUACUUUGAUGAGCACAUGAAAACACACACUGGAGAGAAGCCUUUUAUCUGUGAAAUCUGUGGGAAAAGCUUCACCAGCCGCCCAAACAUGAAGAGACAUCGCAGAACUCACACGGGGGAGAAGCCCUACCCAUGCGACGUGUGUGGCCAGCGAUUCCGCUUCUCCAACAUGCUCAAGGCACACAAGGAGAAGUGCUUCCGUGUGACCAGCCCCGUCAACGUGUCAACUGCUGUCCAGAUCCCGCUGUCCGCCACUUCUCCCGCCACCACAGUCCCUGCUGUAGUGAACGCACCCACCACCCCAACUCCACCUAUCAACCUGAACCCAGUGAGCACGCUUCCUCCACGCCCCAUUCCUCACCCAUAUUCACACCUUCACCUACACCCUCAUCCUCACCAUCCGCAUCACCUCCCGGUCCCCCCGGUUCCUCAUUUACCCCCUCCUCCAGCUCUUUUUAAGAGUGAGCCUUUAAAUCACCGAGGCCAGAGUGAGGACAACUUUCUGCGACACCUGGCAGAAAAAAACAGUUCAGCACAGCACCACUAACAUCUUUGCUUCCUGCCAGCUGUUUUCCCAUUUUAUGCACAUGGAAACAUGCCCUCGUGGAAGUACAGAGGGUUAGUUGGUGAGGAUCUUCGUCCUUCUCUUAGCCCCAGCAGAUGGUCCUGAUUUUUUUCCCUCGAAUCAGUUAAACACGGAAAUCCUGUUUGGGAUCAGCAGUGCUCCUUUGAACCUGGGAACCAACAGGACUUAAACUCAAUUUGCUUGCGUUUUCCUGGUGACUUUUAUAAAUUUCAGAUACUGAGACUUGUGGAAUUUUAUAAUUUCAUAUCAGCUGAUGAGGUAUGCUUGCUUUUAUAUCCUGGACUUCUCCUCAAAGAGGAGAUGGGCCUGGUUUUCUUUGUACUAAUCGGAAAGGCUGUGAGAUUAAUACAGAGCAUUAAUUGUAUCACUGUGUAUCGUAAUGGAUUCUUUUCAGCUUUUGGUGCCGGCUAUGGAGUGAGCCAGCCACGUAUCACAGUAUAUUUGAGCAUUAUAAAGAAAGACAAAAAAAUUUCUUGUUUGUGUAGCUCUCCUAACACACUCUUUAUUUUACUACAGAAAUUAUUUUAGAGUUUUUUGUAUAGACCUAUUUAGUAGUCUGUUUCUAAAAUGAAAUGUAUUUCAAUAAGCGGUGUAAUUUUUUCAGUGUAGCUGGACCUAUGUUGUAUAAUAGAUAAAUUUUUAUAAUCAUCAAAAUGUGAUUCUUAAAAGAUGCAUAUAGCUUCUAUAGUUAAAGUUAUUCUUACAACCAUGCAACUUAAAAGGUGCUUCAGAGAAGAAAGGAACCCAAGAGGUCUCUGGAAAGGUUGCCUCAAAAGUGAUAUUGAUUUCAGAACUUUACGUAAUUUAUUUU